UAUUGAAUUCGAUUUUAUCGAUUUCGCUGGGGGAAAAAAUGCCCCCCUGUUUGAAUAUAAUUUUCCCCCAAGUUAAAUAUAUGGUGAAUUAAUUUUGGGAAUAUUACUGUUUAAAGUUUGCCUUUACUAUUAAUUGCAUUGCAGAAAUAACCUACAGGAAAGCAAUUGGCCUAUUAACUGGAGUAAAAAGUGUGACAAUAAUCCUCCCCGGUCCCUUUUUAUAUCUAAAGAUAGCACUGAAAAUAUCUGUUGAUUGCAUUACGUGUUACUGUAUUGUAAUGUUACAUUUCUGGACUUGAAUUCCACAGUGAAUCGCAUGCGCGGCCGCUGCGCAGAGCUGAUGCGCUCGAGGCCCACUGACAGCUGAAGGUUCUCCGAGAUGACGGACACUCCGAUGGCCCAUCAUCAUCAUCAUCAUCUCCAGCAGCAGCAGCAUCAGCAUCCGCAUUCCUAAGCGCCGGACAGCAUCAUCCUCAUCCUCACCCGUCCUCCAUGCAGCAGAGCCACGCAGCGCCUGUCGCGUUUCUCGCCGUCCGCCCUCACUCCUCCUCCGCCAUCCUCUGCGGCUGAAGCCGCUCCGUGUCCAUCACCUGCUCGCCGUGUCCCGUCUCCGUCCUCCCGCAGGAUGCUGUCCUACGCGGGGAUGCUCGCGCUGCUCCUCAUCCACGGGAACGUGAUGCUCCCGUAUGUAUCAUCUCAGAACGCUGGGUUUGUGAAGUCGCCAAUGUCAGAGAUAAAGCUCACAGGAGACGCCUUUGAGCUGUACUGCGAUGUGGUGGGUAACCCCGUGCCGGAGAUCCAGUGGUGGUAUGCCGAUAUUAACAGGGCGGACUCCUUCAAGCAGCUGUGGGAUGGCGCACGCAAGCGGCGGGUGUCCAUCAACACGGCGUUCGGUGCCAACGGUGUGAGCGUUCUGGCCAUCGCCCGCCUCACGCUGGAGGACGCCGGGAUCUACGAGUGCAGGGCCAGCAACGACCCGCGCCGCAACGACCUCCGCCAAAACCCAGCCAUCACCUGGAUCCGAACGCAAGCCACCAUAUCCGUGCUGCAGAAGCCACGGAUCAAUGCUUCGGAUCAGGAGAUUUUGCAGCCUAAAAGCGGGCAGGAGUUGCCCAUCACUCUUCAGUGUAACCUCACUAACUCGCACAGCACCCACCGGGAGACCUUCUGGAUGAAGAACGGACUGGAGAUUGCCAACACCAGGACGGAGCACAGACACACCAAGUUCAAGUUAAGUAAACCCAGGACAGAUGCUUCGGGUGAAUACAUGUGCGUUUACACCUUUAAGUCGGCUCCCAAUGCCAAUGCUUCCAUUGAGGUCAAAGUAAUCAGAGAUCGCUCUUCCAUAUGGUGGCGUAAUCGAAUUAAAUCACGUCAGGUGCGAUUGCAUUGGGGUUUGGGUUACACUAGCUCUUUCCUUUCAAGGCAAAUGAGACGCCCUGCAAAUAGCAGCGUAGAGCAGGUAUCCCGACACCGUUACCGAUCUCUGCCCGGCAUUGAUCACUCGCUUCCGCAGGCGAUCAGGGACAUUGACAACAGCACCGGCCGAUUCUUCGUCAUCAGCAAAGAGAAUUUCACAGAGCUGAGCAUCAUGGGUCUGGACAUCAGCACAGAUCCGGGCGAGUACGUCUGCAACGCCUCAAACAUCAUCGGCUCCAAAGAGUCCGUGACCAUCCUGCGAGUGCGGAGUCACCUCGCCCCGCUCUGGCCUUUCCUGGGCGUCCUGGCCGAGAUCAUCAUCCUCGUGGUCAUCAUUGUGGUUUACGAGAAGCGCAAGAGGCCAGACGAGGUUCCAGACGAUGAUGAUCCAGUUGCACCAAUAAAAACGAACUCUACAAACAACCACAAAGACAAACACGUACGACAGCGGUACACCAACUGAGCCCACGGACCGACGUAGAAGAAAGCUGAAGAUGACCAACUGCAUAUCCUGACCAUACGGACGAAACCGAGGAGAGGAGACACUCCUGGUGAUUUUCAGCGACGCAUAUCCUGCCUCACGUGGAGAAGAAAACAACAAUAACGACAGCAUUACACUGGCAGAAACGAACAAUAAAGACUGUCUCAAGUUUGCCUUAUUCAGGCUCGUGAUCUGUGUGAAUGUGGACGCUGACGAAUCAUUCUGAAGGUGAUGAUUUUACUACAUGUGCUGUUAACGUUGCAUUUCGUUCUUUUAUCAUGCCCUCCUGCUGCACUAAUUCUUUUUCAUAUCUACAUGUUGUCUCGAAUGCAUGCAAUAACAUAAUCGAAUAAGAUUCAGAUAUUGUUUUCUAUUCUUACUUAAAGUGGUGUUGCAUCCAAAUGAAUAGCUAGUGUGUGUGCGUGUGUGUGUGAGAGAGAGAGAGAGAGCAUAUCAGCAUGCGCGUUUGUGUGUGU